AUGAAGUUUUCUCAUUCUAUACAGUUCAAUGCUGUACCAGAAUGGUCUUCAAAGUAUAUUGCAUACACGACAUUGAAAAAAUUAAUCUAUUCGUUACAGAGGGAUAGUUUGAGAAGAAAUUACCAGCAUGGCGAUGCCGACGAUACUGUUGAUUUAGAGGAAAAUGCCCAUUUAGUGGGUGACCAUUACUCGAGUACGGCCCGAUUAGAUGGUAUUGACGAUGACGACAGCAAUCCCGUGCGAGUAUUUGAAGCGGCAUUGAAUGCAGAAUUGAAAAAGAUUGAUACUUUUUACCAACAGCAGGAGCAAUUUUUGUUUAAGAGUAUUGAUGAUUUAGUUUACGAUAUUGAAGUAUUUGAGCAGGAAAUUGCUGAAAAUUUGGAACAUGCAGGCAACAAGAAAUUUAAGCCAAGACAACAGGAUAAAGGAAGACGCUUUUCAGCAAGUUCGAAUGAUAAUUAUAUCACCAACACUACUGAUCCUGAUACCGAAUUUACUCAAGGUGAAGGAGAUGAUUAUGAUGAUGAUGAGGAAGACGAUGACAAUGGAGCUGCGCGGUUGCAAGAGGAGAAUUUUAUUGAGGAGUUGGAGAGAGACCGAGUCCUUAGUUCUCAAACCAGAGGUCGACAGGUGAAACGAAGUGGAUCAACCCCGAUUAUUCAUCAACAUGGUGGUGGCUCAAAUGGACAUGAAUUACUGCGUACAAAAUCAAUUGAUGAUUAUUUAAAGUCGCCAAAAUCACAACGUUUGUGGAAUGAGUUGACUAAUGUGACAUCAACCGAUAGCAGAUUGCCACCGCAGUUGCUUCUACUCACCGAAAGUCGUAUUAUUCUUAGAAAGAGAACAAUUGGGUUAUACACCACAUUGUCGGAAUUGAAGUCAUAUAUUGAAUUAAAUCAAACGGGGUUUAAAAAGGCAUUGAAAAAGUUUGACAAGUCCUUAAACACUAAUAUCAAGGAGUCAUAUUUGGAAUCGUUGCCGGAAAACUCGUAUAUUUUCAAAAAAUCGACCAUGCAAAAAGUAAAUGACCGAUUGGAAUCGUUGAUCAAGUUGUAUGCAUUGAUAUGUAAUCAUGGAGCUGAUUUAGAAGUGGCUAGACAAGAAUUGUCGAUACAUUUACGAGAACACGUUGUGUGGGAAAGAAAUACUGUUUGGAGAGAUAUGAUUGGGUUGGAAAGAAAGACAUAUGCUGCCAAUUCCAAGUUAUUGGACCGAGCCGAGGGGGCAACAAGUGAUAAGGAGAAUGAUUUGAAAGCAAGUGGUGGAAGUUUGAGCUCAUUCAAUAUAUCUAUACGUAACCCAGUGCUUGUCAAAUUGGUGGUUAUUGCUGCAAUUGCCAUUUUUUUACUCAAUGUAUCACCAUUUGACGAUGUUGCCCAAAAGAAUUGUUUUGCCAUGUUGGUGUGUGCGUCAUUGCUCUGGGCUACUGAAGCUAUUCCAUUAUUUGUCACUUCUUUAUUGAUUCCGUUAUUAAUUGUGUUUCUCAAUGUGAUUAAGAAUGACGAUGGGUCGAUUAUGGAUUCGGUUGAUGCAUCCAAGUAUGUCUUGAGUACCAUGUGGAACUCGGUCAUUUUGUUGUUGUUGGGUGGUUUCACACUAGCAGCAGCAUUGUCGAAAUACCACAUUGCCAAGUUGAUUUCGACGUGGAUUUUAUCGAAAGCUGGGACUAAUCCAUCAGUGGUGUUGCUUACCAUUAUGGGUGUAGCUUUGAUUGCUUCUGCAUUCUUGCUGAAUGUUGCUGCGCCGGUCAUGUGUUUGAGUUUGAUUACGCCACUUACUCGUACCUUGCCCAAGGGUUCACAGUUUAUCAAUGCGUUGAUAUUGGGAAUCGCCUUGGCUUCCAAUGUAGGAGGUAUGGCUUCACCCAUAGCUUCGCCUCAAAAUAUCAUUGCCAUUGGUGCUAUUGAGCCCCAGCCAUCAUGGGGCCAAUGGUUUGUUAUAUCGAUACCAGUGUGUGUCUUGACAUUGUUGUUGAUUUGGAUGUUUUUAUUAAUCACAUUUAAUUGUAACUCUAAAAACACCCAUUUGGUGCCGAUUAGAAUGAUUGAUGAUAAGUUUACUGGGAUUCAAUGGUAUAUUCUGAUUGUUUCAUUGGGUACUAUAUUGCUAUGGUGUUUUGCAUCGAAACUAACUGGGCUAUUUGGAGAAAUGGGUAUUAUAUCGUUGAUCCCCAUGAUUUUGUUUUUCGGAUCGGGGUUGUUGACGACUGAAGAUUUCAACAACUACCCCUGGAAUAUUGUUGUUUUGGCCAUGGGUGGUACUGCAUUAGGUAAAGCAGUAGCCUCCUCGGGGUUAUUAAAUACCAUUGCCGUUGAGAUUCAAAAGCAAGUUGAAGGGUUUUCGUUAUUUGGCGUAACAUUGACAUUUGGACUAUUGAUUUUGAUUAUGGCGACAUUUGUUUCGCAUACGGUGGCAGCAUUGAUUAUUAUUCCUUUGGUGCAAGAAAUUGGAAAUAAUAUGCCAGAACCACAUCCACGGUUGUUGAUUAUGGCCAGUGCAUUGUUGUGUUCAGCAGCAAUGGGAUUACCUACCUCGGGGUUCCCCAAUGUCACUGCAAUUUGUAUGACUGAUGAAUUUGGAAAGCCGUACUUGACUGUUGGUACGUUUAUAACUAGAGGUGUACCUAGUUCGUUGAUUGCGUAUGGGAUAAUUGUCACCAUAGGGUAUGCUACAAUGAAGAUUAUAAACUUUUGA